AUGUCGCGACGCAGAGACCCCAAAUCCCAUCUCACGGAAUUUAUCCAUAAACUCCGCGAUCAAGGCAACGAAGGCACCACAGAGGCACCUGGGGCGCGGGGGGAGGGCGGCACGAGUGAGGGCCGCGGACGCUACGCUCCCUCGUUUUCGGGGCAGGUCGUGCUGGCAAACGCUCCUACCCGUGGCCGAUCCUUUCCUCCGCGCCCGCGCCCGGAUACCUCUGACGACAGUGCAGCCCGUGCUGACGCAGGUGUGACACUGUUGCCUGCUCGCGGCGCACGCGGGCAACGGCAGGAGGCGCAGCAUCAGCACUUUGAAGAGGUAGUGGAGGGCGUACAGGAAUAUGUGCAAGAGCGCCAACGUCACCCCGUAGGUAACUUCAUCCACGACGCUCACGGAACUAGGAGCUCCGCUGCAGUCCAUCAUUCCACAUCUUCGGGCAUCCGAGCGCGUGGCGGCAGUGAACCCAAUUUGGGACACGCCAGACGACCGGUGGCUGCAGGACAUGGAAGAGGCAGAGGAAACGACCGCGGUGCUAUGGGGCGUCAAAAGCACGAGAGAGCAGAAGAGCGUUAA